AUGGCGGCGCUCAGCUCGCUGGUGUCGGGCUGCGGGCGGCUGCUCCGGGGCUUCCUAGCGGGCCCGGCGGCGACGAGCUGGGCCCGGCUUCCAGCUCGCGGGUUCCGGGAAGUGGUGGAGGUCCAAGACGGGAAGACAACCACAAUAGAAGGCUACAUCACAGACACUCCCAAGGAGAGUCCAGACCCCCCAAACCCCUCUGGCCAGUGCCCCAUCUGUCGUUGGAACUUGAAGCACAAGUAUAACUAUGAGGAUGUGCUGCUGCUGAGUCAGUUCAUCCGGCCCCACGGAGGCAUGCUGCCCCGAAAGACCACGGGCCUGUGCCAGGAAGAACACCGCAAGAUUGAGGAGUGUGUGAAGAUGGCCCACCGGGCAGGUCUGCUUCCAAACCAUAGGCCUCGGCUUCCCGAAGGGUUUGUUCCCAAGAGCAAACCCCAACUCAACCGGUACCUGACGCGCUGGUCUUGCAGAUCCGCCAAGCCCAUUUACAAGAAGGGCCCCCGCUGGAACAAAGUGCGCAUGCCUGUGGGCUCACCCCUGCUCAAAGACAACGUCUGCUACUCUCGCAGACCUCUGCUGCUGUAUCACUGACAGACUGGGGCUUCUCGAAGGCACCUCCUUGGGAAGGAAGUGAGCCAGCUCUGAGCCUCCACUGUUGGUUAGCCCGACCUGGGGCAGCCGGGCCCCUCCAGCUUGGGAGAUACAAGGGAUCCUUGGGAACUGCUGUGAUCUCAAAACUCUCUUGGAAUAUGCUCGGGGGAGGGGGAAGCUGUGCCUGAUGUCAUAAACCAGGCUUGUGUGGUUA